CUUCAGCGAAGACCUACUUUAGAAAAGAUGCAUGGCAGCUUGUUUUAAAUACUCUCAAAGUAUUAGAAGAUAUGUAUAUUAGUAACACUCAGAAGUAUUAUGAUAAGAUUUCUCCAUGCCAGACAAGAAAAGGCAAAGCUUUAAUAGGUCCAGUUGAAGGAAGAAUAUUCAAAAAGUUUUCAAAAAGGACAUCAGACCAGAUUAAAUCAAAAAAAAGAAGUGUAUAUUCCUUUACAAGUGAGGAAUUUUCUCCAUUAAAAGCUAGGAAAGCUAAGAAAUCCUUUACAAGUGAGGACAGUAUUCCAUUAAAAGGUAGGAAAGCUAGGAAAUCCUUUACAAGUGAGGACAAUUCUCCAUUAAAAGCUAGGAAAUCCUUUACAAGUGAGGAUAGUUCUCCAUUAAAAGCUAGGAAAUAUCUUACAACUGAAGAUAGUUCUCCAUUAAAAGCUAGGAAAUCCCUUACAAGUGAAGAUAGUUCUCCAUUAAAAGCUAGGAAAUCCCUUACAAGUGAAGAUAGUUCUCCAUUAAAAGCAAUAAAAGAUUUAAAUAAUCCAAUAGAUGUUUGCCAAAAUUUAGAAAGGAUCCGUGAAACUACUGGAGAAUAUGAAAGGAUUGGUAAAAAUACUAAAAAGGAUGCAAUUACAGGACUUAUUAAUCAUUCAUCGACAAAAGAUAAAAAAUCAGAAAUAGGCAGAAAAAGAUUAGGAAAUAAGAAAAUAGAUGCAGCAGAAUCCAAGAAGUGUACAGUAAGACUGACUGAUAUUGGUACUAUUAAAAACUUGAAAACAUAUGUAAACAAGACAGAGAAAAAAAGAAAAAGAAGGAAGAUAUGUGUAAAGAACUUGUAAAAAAAAAUGUUAAAUGUUAAAGGGGCACUAGCUGUCAAAUUCAUGUUCACCGACUUUACUUAAUUUCUAGUAUUUAAUUUAUAAUAAUGAAUAAUGUUAACAUUUAUCCAACCUAUUUAAAGUCUAAAAAAAAUUA